AUGGGGACUAUACUUCUGAGUCGUCUAAAUGAUUUCUGGAAAAAAGAUAGACUGUUUUCUAUACCGAUUUUUGCUCAGCAAAUGAGCAGAAUCAGAUUUCUUCUCAUAAUGAGGUAUCUACAUUUUACCUCGGAGAUGGAAAGUGAGGACCCGUUAUUCAAGAUAAGAAGUCUCAUUGAUUAUUUCAACAAUAAAAUGGUUGAAUGCUAUUAUCCGGCAGCACAAUUAACUCUAGAUGAAAGUAUGGUGCUGUGGAGAGGGCGACUGAGCUUUCGUCAAUUUAUAAAAAAUAAACGCCACAAAUACGGCAUCAAACUUUACAUGCUGACAGAACCAGAUGGCUUGAUUUUAAAAUUACGAGUGUAUACAGGUGGUAAAGACUUAGAAGUAGCAGGGAAGGGCCACGCAGAAAAAGUUGUCAUGGAUCUACUUUAUAAAAAAAUAAAUAGUGGUCAUGAGAUAUAUAUGGACAAUUUUUAUAACAGUUUCGGUUUAGCCAAGAAGUUACAUGAUAAGAAGACGUACGGCACGGGCACUCUACGCAAAAAUCUGAAAGGAAAUUCCUUCUGA